AUGUCGGUGAAAUCCAUCCGCGAGCAGGAUGGAAAGGCGCUGCUCAAGCGCUGGCUUCCCGAGUACUCCAACAAUGCCUUUGGACUUGACAACGCUGGUUGCAUCGUCUCUCCGGGUGUGCUGGACAGCUCCAAGGGUGAUGAUUGGAAUGCCAUCCUGGAGAAGAACCCUUGGCUCAAGACAGAGAAGCUGGUGGCCAAGCCGGACCAGAUGAUCGGAGGCCGAGGAAAAGCUGGCCUCAUCGCCGUGAACAAGACUUUCGACGAUGUCAAGGCUUGGAUCAUGGAGCGGAUGUGCAAGGAGACCACGGUGGGUGGCAUCACUGGGCAGCUCACUCACUUCUUGAUCGAGCCCUUCGUCCCUCAUGCGCAGUCGGAGGAGGUCUACGUUUGCAUGCAGUCGCACAGAUACAAGGAUGAGAUCUUCUUCUACCAUGAGGGUGGCGUGGACGUUGGUGACGUUGAUGCCAAGGCCUCGCGCCUCUCCAUUCCCACAGGGUGCGAGGUUUCGGAGGACAUGAUCUGCUCAGAGCUGCUGGACAAGGUGGAGCCGACGAAGUGUCAAACUCUGGCACGCUUCAUCAAGGCUCUUUUCGCCUUCUACCGCGACCUGCACUUCGCGUACCUAGAGAUCAACCCGAUUGCCCUGCUCUCCAACAACAAGAUUGUGCCCCUGGACCUCGUCGCAAAGAUCGAUGAGACUGCCGCGUUCCUGUGUGCCCAGAAGUGGGGUGAGCUGGAUUGGCCAUCCCCUUUUGGUCGAGCCGCAUAUCCAGAGGAGGCCCUCAUUCGAGACUUAGACGGGAAGACCGGUGCCUCCCUCAAGCUGACCAUCCUCAACGACAAGGGCCGUGUUUGGACCAUGGUGGCUGGUGGCGGCGCGUCUGUUGUGUACUCCGACACCGUGGCGGACUACGGAUUCGGAAAGGAGUUGGCCAACUACGGCGAAUACUCCGGAGCUCCCACGACUGAGGAGACCUUCACCUAUGCGAAGACCAUCCUCUCCUUGAUGUGCCGCUACAAGGACCCCAAGGGCAAGUUCCUGAUCAUUGGUGGAGGCAUCGCGAACUUUACCGAUGUUGCAGCCACUUUUACCGGCCUCAUCAAGGCCUUGCAGAUGUUUGCGGAUCAGAUCAAGGAGCACAACAUCCAAAUCUGGUGCCGCCGAGCCGGGCCGAACUACUUGGAGGGCCUGAAGAAGCUGAAGGUCGCCAGCGACAAGCUUGGCUUGGGAGUCAAGGUCUAUGGCCCUGAGACCCACAUCACGGCGGUGGUGCCCAUGGCCCUCGGCCUCACCGCGGUGUUGCCCGAGCCGGACCUGAGCGCCGGGUCUGCUCCCCCACCCAAGCGCGAGAUGAUCAAGGUCAAGAGCAGCGGCGGGGCAAAGAAGGCCCAGAAGCCUCCUCCCGCAGGUGAGAAGCACACCAUCGUCACGGCAACCCCGGAGACCAGGGCCAUCGUGUACGGAAUGCAGAACCGAGCAGUGCAGGGCAUGCUCGACUUUGACUUCAUGUGCAAGAGGAAGACGCCCUCGGUUUGCGCUAUGGUAUUUCCGUUCAGCGGCAACCACUACGUGAAGUUUUACUGGGGCACAGAGGAGAUCCUUCUCCCCGUGUACACCACCACCAAGGAGGCUUGUCAGAAGCACACAGAUGCCAUCACGUUCAUCAACUUUGCAUCCUUUCGCUCAGUCUAUGAGACCACCAUGGAAGCCAUGCAGUACCCGCAGAUUAAGACGGUGGCGAUCAUCGCGGAGGGUGUCCCGGAACAGCAGACGCGAUUGCUGAUCAAGGAAGCCGAGAUGCGCGAGAUCGGCAUGAUCGGGCCGGCCACGGUGGGUGGAAUCAAGCCUGGCUGCAUCCGCAUCGGCAACACAGGCGGAAUGUUGGACAACGUUGUCAUGUCCCGGUUGUACCGGCCGGGGUCUGUGGCCUAUGUCUCAAAGUCAGGAGGCAUGUCUAACGAGCUCAACAACAUCAUCUGCCGCAACUCCAAUGGCGUCUACGAGGGUGUGGCGAUUGGUGGAGACCGGUAUCCUGGUAGCCGCUUCAUCGAUCACCUUCUACGCUACCAGGACGCGCCUGGAGCAAAGAUCCUCCUACUCCUGGGCGAGGUGGGUGGACAGGAUGAGUACGACGUGAUCAAGGCUGUGAAGUCUGGCCGCAUCGACAAGCCAGUCAUUGCCUGGUGCGUCGGAACCUGCGCCUCCUGCUUCGCGACCGAGGUGCAGUUUGGCCACGCUGGCGCCCAGGCCAGGGGUCAGACGGAAACGGCCAUGGCCAAGAACGCGGCGAUGAAGGAAGCGGGGAUCAUUGUUCCCGACUCCUUUGACAAGCUGCCGGAGACGAUCAGCAACUUGUACACGAAGAUGGUCGAGGAGGGCGAGAUUGUGGAGGAGCCGGAAGGCGAGACGCCCCAGGUGCCCGUGGACUACACCUGGGCGAAGAAGCUGGGCAUGGUACGGAAGCCUGCAAACUUCAUCAGCUCCAUCGCCGACGAUCGGGGGGAGGAGCUGAAGUACUGCGGUGUUAGCAUCUCUGACGUCUUUUCGCGCAGCAUGGGUGUGGGUGGCGUUUUGUCUCUCCUCUGGUUCAGGAGGCAGCUGCCUGCCGAAUGCUGCAAGUUCAUCGAGAUGAUUCUGAUGGUCACGGCCGACCACGGGCCGGCAGUCAGCGGCGCUCACAACACCAUCGUGACCGCGCGAGCGGGCAAGGACCUUGUGAGCGCACUCUGCAGCGGUCUGCUCACCAUCGGACCUCGCUUCGGGGGUGCGCUCGACGACGCCGCGAACAUGUUUGCGGAAGCGCACGACAGCGGCAUCUCGGCCAAGGAUUUUGUCGAGCAGAGCAAGAAGCAGAACAAGUUGAUCAUGGGCGUCGGCCACCGCAUCAAGUCGCUGGCCAACCCCGACCAGCGAGUGGUCAUCAUCAAGGAGUUCGCCAAGAAGUUCUUCAAAGACAACAGCAUCUUGGACUUUGCAUUGGCAGUGGAGCAGAUCACCACAAGGAAACGAGCCAACCUGAUCCUGAACGUGGACGGGUGCAUCGCAGUCUGCUUCACUGACAUGCUGCGCUCCUGCGGAGCGUUCUCCAGAGAAGAGGCAGAUGACCUGAUGUCCUUUGGCUGCCUCAACGGCCUUUUCGUCCUAGGUCGUUCCAUGGGCUUCAUCGGCCACCACCUGGACCAGCUGAGGCUCAAGCAGCCCCUCUACCGGCAUCCCUGGGACGACAUCACCUACAUCUCAGAGCUGGCGUGA